AUGCACGCCUUCAUCAACCCGUCGGCUCCUUGGCUGAAAGAGCACAUCAAGGCGUUUGUCCGGCAGCACGUGCCAGACGUCGUCUUGGUGGACGAUGUGGGAGACCUGCCCGAGGGCGGCGUGGACGCGCUCUUCCAGUUUUGCGACGGCUGCUCUCUGACGGGGCACUUUGCCGCCGCCAACGCGGCGAAGCGCUCGCUCAUCAACGCGUACCCCAACAGCGACGCCCUCGCGCGCAAGGACCACCUGGCCGCCCUCGUCGGGUACUGGACGGCCAAGCGGCCCGAGAGCAUCCUCCGGAAGCACUACCCGCACACGGUGCCGCUGACGCUCGACUAUGCCGAGUACGUCGACGACGCCCUGAUGGCGGCCGACGACCUCUCCCUGCUGUCCUCGCUGGAGCAGAACGAGGCCCGGGAGCCCAAGGACCGCGAGUGGUGGAUCCUCAAGCCCGCGCUGGUCGACUCGGGAAUGGGGAUCCGGCUGUUCAGCACCGUCCAGGAGCUGGCAAGCCACCUGGAACUGGUCGAGAACGAGACUGACGAUGAAGAAGAAGAAGAUGAUGAUGAUGAUGAUGACGAUGAUAACGACGAAGAGGAUGAGGAGGAGGCGGAGGCGGAGAAGGAUGGGGACGAGCAAGUAGGGACGACGAAAGCGGACAUGACCGAGGAACAGUCCCCGACCCUGACCAGCCCGGGUCUCCAAUCCCUCGACGCCCUCUUCACCGUCACCAGCCCGACCGCGCCCCCGCCGCCCCUCGUUGUCGACAAGAGCAAGAACAAGAACAAGAGCAAGAGCAAGAGGCCGCGAUACGUCUUCAAGGAAGGGGGCCGGAUCCCGUCGGCGCAGAUGCGGGCCUUCGCCGCGCAGCGGUACCUGGCUGCGGUGCCGACGCUGGGGGGCGGGCGCAAGUGGCACAUCCGCGCGUACGCGCUGGCCGUGGGGCGGCUCCGGGUGUACGUGGCGCGCGAGAUGCUGGUGCUGCUGGCCGCCGAGCCGUACGUGGGCCCCUGGGUCGGGGAGCGGCCCAACAUGCGGGCGGCGCUGACCAACUCGGCCAUGAGGGACGAGGACGACCUCGCGGCCGGCCGGACGAUGCGGGCUUUCUGGGACCUGGGGGAGGAAGAGGAGGAGGAGGAGGAGGAGGCGCGGCGGGCGGACUGGAAGACGGACGUGUUCGAGCAGGUCUGCGGCAUCACGGCCGAGCUGUUCCGGGCGGCGGCGCACACGAUGGCGGACAAGUUCGUCACGGUGGACAAGGCCUUCGAGGUGUUCGGGCUCGACUUCCUGCUCGACACGAGCGGGAACGCCUGGCUGCUCGAGGUGAACGAGACGCCCGCCUUCUACGACAAUCCCGUGGCCGGGCCGGUCGCGCUGAGGGUCCUCGAGGCCGUCGUCUACACCGCCAUGGAGCACAUGGGCCGGGCCCGCGUCGGAGAUGACCCGAGGCACGCCGAGGUAAAGGGCCGGCUGGUGGAGGUGCUGGAUGAGACGGCGAAGCUGGGCAAGAGCAACAUCACCGAGAUCAUUCCCGAGUGA